AUGGCGGAGCGGAGUGCAGAUGCAAACCGGCAAUGGAGCGAAGUUCAGCUGAGGAAGUACACCUUCACCACCAAGGACAUCCCCAGGAUGUCCCACAGCGAUCCGCGGGUCGAGGCACUAAUAGACAAUGAGGAGCCGGUGGUGUUGACAGAUACCAACCUGGUGUACCCAGCACUGAAGUGGGACCUGGAAUACUUGCAGGAGAAUAUUGGAGAUGGGGACUUUUCUGUUUAUGUUGCCAAAACGCACAAGUUCUUAUAUUACGAUGAAAAGAAAAUGGUUAACUUCAAGAAUUUCAAGCCAAAGUCUAGGAGGGAAGAGAUGAAAUUUAGUGAAUUUGUGGAAAAACUUCGUAAAAUCGAUCAAAGUGACAACAGGUAA